GAUUGACUUGUGUCCGAGUGGGGGGGACAACUUUAGGUUCAUGUAGCUCUUUUGUCGACAGCAUGGCCGACCAAGUCGACGAAAUAAUGAACGAAUAGAUGCACGUUAGUGCCCUGCAGUGAAUUGCUUCAGUCGUCACAACGGCUUCAGCAGAGGGACUGAAGGAGUUCACGUCGAUGACGCAAUUCCAUUUCCUGCCAGACGUCAAGACCCAUGUUUGUACUAAAUGAAGCAUUAUCGUCGCGUCUCUCACUGCGUAUGUUCGUGGUCGGUUCGAGCUCCGAUGACGCUUAGGUUACGCAGCAGCAUCAACAGGCCGAAUAUUUUGAUUCCUUGCUGAUCGUCUUAACGACUUAGCAAUGCUUGCCUCAAGACCGUAAACGUGAGGACUAGUCGUAAUACGAGGUUUGUUGCAGUGCAACAACGGUGCGACCACUUCGUAGUCCGGACAAAUCCGUAACACCGUUUGCUUCGCCUCCUCGUUGUCAUUCUCGCGCCAAAACCCCUUGCUAACAAGCUAGCCGUCAGCCUCCGUCACCUGCUUCGCUAGCUGACAGAUCUUCGCGUAGAUUGCGCUGACCGAGCGGUGCGUGACGCCAUGAUCCACAAAGAACUCGUGCACCUCGUGCGCCAUCGUUGACUGCAACCGCUUCUCCGAGGCUUCUCUCCACCACACUGCAUUGUUAUCUCGCCUCAGCCACACUAGUAGCAGCUCCAUCGACGACGGGCCUCCAUCCACGCCGUCCUCAUUCCAUCUGCCCUCCCGGUUCGCUACCAUGUUAACUCACAAAGAUCUGUAGCCAUAUCCUUCUUAAAUGACUACAUUCAUGUACACCACAUACUAUAGUUCUUGUAGAGGAAGAAACGCAUUUCGACUAUGAAGCUGGCCAAGGCAGCGGCGCAGCAGCUCAAGGGCGUGGUCAUCGAGUACGACGUCCUAUGCAGCACGCUAUUGGGAAAAUCUGCAGCGGAACAGGCGGAGCAGCAGCGCCGUAAACUCGCAGCCGAGAAAAAGCAUCAACAGGCGGAAGGCCGCUUCGGAUCGUCGCUUUUCGGCGCAAAGUCCAUCAAGUCUAUGCUGGUGAGCGAUGUGCGCAGCCUACUGAAGGACCUGAACGAGGACUCGACGGGAAAGCCGUGGGUGGUCAAAGACCGGCUAAAAAGCACACUACAAGGCUUGCCAAACCAGAUUCUGGAGCGAGUAACAGGCUCCGAAGACAAGGAGAAAGCUGCGGCAGGUAAGAGCGAGGAUGAGAUUUACUUGGAGAAGCAGCUGCAAUCAGCGUCGGAGGAACUGGCGCGGAUGAAGCAGCAGAAAGAAGAGCAGAAAGAAGAAAGAGAGGAGUGGAGUAAGAAAGGCUUUGGAGUGAAGAGUGGGAAUCAAGCGAGCUCAUUGAGAGACAAGUACAUGGACAAAAUCAACAAAUUGAAGGAGAAGAAGAAGCAAGAGGGAGCAGCGAGUAAGACAGCGGGGCUCGAGGAAGUCGUGGGCUCGACCACGUCUGCGGGAUUGUCGACUUGGGUCGUGAACGAAGGAGCGAAUGAAGUGUUGAGUUACUCGGAUCUGCGGGGUCUGUUCAAGGCUGUGAUUCCGCCGCGAGACUCGUUGCAGGAUGAUGAGUACAACUUUUUCCUAAAGGAGAUGGAGGGGCAAUUCGAUAUGUUCGUACCGAAGGCAGACCAAGAAAAGUUCCCAGACCCGAAGCCGAUCCUCCACAUCUGCGAGGAAUUCGGUCUCAAGCCAUCCGAUGUCCUGGUGUUUGCACGGCACGCACCCACCAUCAAAGCCGCCAAGUACGCGCACUCAAUGUCGAUUGACUUGCUUCCAAGUAUUUGUUUGUUCACCACGUUUGUGUUGCUGUAAUAGGGAUGCAGGAACACACGUUUGCCACUACAUGCCCGGAGACAAGGCCAUCCCGAACCACACGGCACACUACCACUUGACGCACUUGCACGAGUACCAACACUUGGUCGAGGAUUUUAACGGCAUAUCCUACCGCGACAAGAUCAAGAUGGGCUCCAUCGAGUUCUAAUUUAGAAUCUAGAAUCUGGCCAUUUCGUAGCUAUAUCUCAAAUCCUAAAUGAUGAUGUAGCCAUUUUGUUGUUGAUUAUGACCACCCACCAAUUCAAAAUUGAAUCGCACUUUGGAA